CAGCCCCAGCCGUAGGCACAGCCACCGGCACAACCCCAGCCCCAGCUCCUGCUGCAGCUCCUCCAGACACCGUCCCUACGCCGACAUCCUGGAGGUUGGGAUGCUCUUGUCCAAAAUCAACUCUCUUGUCCACCUGUGCGCCGCGCCCUGCAACGACCUGCACGCCACCAAGCUGGCGCCCGGCAAGGAGAAGGAGCCCCUGGAGUCACAGUACCAGGUGGGCCCGCUCCUGGGCAGUGGCGGCUUCGGCUCGGUCUACUCAGGCAUCCGUGUUGCUGACAACUUGCCGGUGGCCAUCAAACACGUAGAGAAGGACCGCAUUUCAGACUGGGGAGAGCUGCCUAAUGGCACCCGAGUGCCCAUGGAAGUGGUUCUGCUGAAGAAGGUGAGCUCGGGCUUCUCUAGCAUCAUUAGGCUCCUGGACUGGUUCGAGAGGCCCGACAGUUUCGUCCUGAUCCUGGAGAGGCCCGAGCCGGUGCAAGACCUCUUCGACUUUAUCACAGAAAGGGGGGCCCUGCAGGAGGAGCUGGCCUGCAGCUUCUUCUGGCAGGUGCUGGAGGCCGUGCGGCACUGCCACAACUGCGGGGUGCUUCACCGCGACAUCAAGGACGAGAACAUCCUUAUCGACCUCAAUCGUGGCGAGCUCAAGCUCAUCGACUUCGGGUCGGGGGCGCUGCUCAAGGACACCGUCUACACGGACUUCGAUGGGACCCGAGUGUAUAGUCCUCCAGAGUGGAUCCGCUACCAUCGCUACCAUGACAGGUCGGUAGCCGUCUGGUCUCUGGGGAUCCUGCUGUACGAUAUGGUCUGUGGAGAUAUUCCCUUUGAGCACGAUGAGGAGAUCAUCAGGGGCCAAGUUUUCUUCAGGCAGAGGGUGUCUUCAGAGUGUCAACAUCUCAUUAGAUGGUGCUUGGCCCUGAGACCAUCAGAUCGGCCAUCCUUCGAAGAAAUCCAGAACCAUCCAUGGAUGCAAGAUGUCCUCCUGCCCCAGGAAACUGCUGAGAUCCAUCUCCACAGCCUGUAGCCAGGGCCCAGCAAAUAGCUUCUUGGGCAGGUUCUCCCCUCUCUGUCAGAUGCUCAAGGGAGGGGAAGUGUCUGUUUCCAGCUUCCCAAGUACCAGUGACACUUCUCUCCAAGCAGGACAGUGCUUGAUACAGAAACAACAUUUACAACUCAUUCCAGACCCCAGGCCCUGGAGGCUGCCUCCCAAAGGGAGGAAGAGACUCCACUCCAGCCGUCCUAGGCCUCAACUCCUCCCAUAGAAGCUCUCCUUCUCAUCGGUGUCCAGCAUUGCUGGACUUUGCAAAAUCCCAGGGGUGGCGGGUGGGGUGGGAGUGGAUCAGAAUCCAGCCAUGGAACUGUUCCCUUCAUCAAGAGUUCUGCUGAAUGCCGUGAUGGGUCGGGUAGGGGGAAAUCGGGUUGGGGUGGGAUAGGACUAGCACCAUUUUAAGUCCCUGUCACCUCUUCCGACUCUUCUGAGUGCCUUCUGUGGGGACUCCGGCUGUGCUGGGAGAAAUACUUGAACUUGCCUCUUUUACCUGCUGCUUCUCCAAAAAUCUGCCUGGGUUUGGUUCCCUCUGUUUCUCCCCCACCCCUUCCCCCCAUCCUUCAUAUGAAAGGUGCCACUGAAGAGGCUACAGGGCCAAAUGCUGAGCCACCUGCCCUUUUUCCACCUCCUUUAGUAAAACUCCCAAGUGAACUGGUCUUCCUUUUUGGUUUUUACUUAACUGUUUCUAAGCCAAGACCUCACACACACACAAAUGCACAAACAAUGCAAAUCAACAGAAAAACUGUAAAUGUGUGUACAGUUGGCAUGGUAGUGUACAAAAGGGUUGUAGUUGAUCUAAUUCUUUUUUAAUUUUGCCUUUAAAUUAUUUUACCUGUUUGUUUUGUUUUGU